ACGUGGACUCCGUUACCACCCCCAUGAGAACUUCAGACUUUGUUUUAACCCCUAGCACCUUUGGACUUGUGUGGAGAAAGCGCUACCUCAGUGACAGUUCCAAGGAGGACCCUUUGACUCAACCGUUGAUGGAGACGUUGGAAUCCGACCCCAAAACCCUUGUUAGGCACCCCGAUGAGUGUGACGGCCUCUCAUUGUUCACCUCCUUAGAGGUGGAAAGCGAUCAUGGCGUACCAAGGUGAGCGGAAAAGAUGUCGCUCAGUAGGAUGCUUUCCCAUACCAGACCGUGAUAACUUUGGCAGGCAUCAUUGCAGUACCCAGGCUAGCAACACGCGGGCAGCUUCAGAACGCCAGCAGCAGCUGUGCUCUCUAUACCGGGGUCGGCAACCUACAGCACGCAUGCAAAAGGUGACACGCGAGCCAAUUUUUGAUGACACGCGGCGGCGGGCUGAGCGCCUCAACCCACUGCCACCCCGGGGUUCCGGCUGCUGCUCCGUUGCCAGUCGGGGUCUUGACUGCCGGCUCCACUCAGCACCUACUGCUGGCCUGGGGACCCCCAAGGAACUCCAGGCUGGCAGCGGGCUGAGCAGGCCAGCAGCUGAGACCCCGGCUGGCAGGAGCCGGCAGCUGGAACGCCAGAGUGGCAGCAGGCUGAGCGAGGCUGGCAGGGGUCUGAGUGUCUCAGCCUGCUUUCGGUCUGGGGUUCUGGUUGCCGGGCCCUUGCCAGUCGGGGUCCCAGCCGCUGGCCCCGCUCAGCCUCACGCCGGCCUGGGUGAGCAGAACCCCAGGCUGGUGUAGCGGGUUGAGUGGUGGCAGCGGCUGGGAUCCCUGCUGGCAGGAGCUGGCGGCCAGAACCCCCAGACCGACAGCGGGCUGAGUGCCUCAGCCUGCUGCCGGUCUGGGGUCCCAGCCCCCGGACGCGCUCAGCGUGCUGCCAGUCUGGGUGAAUGGAACCCCAGGCUGGCAGCGGACUGAGUGGUACCAGAGGCCAGGACCUCAGACCAGCAGCAGACUGAGCCGCUAAGCCCAGAC